AUGGCGGACGACGUUGCAGCUGCGCCAGCUGCCCCGGUGGCGCUGUUCAAGAAGCGCGGCGCAAAGGCCAAGGCCAACAUCCGCAAGAGAGCCGCCACCCCGCCCCCGGCCGACAGCGACAGCGACGACUACAGCUCCUCGGAGGACGAGUCCGGCCAGAGGAUAAAGCGGAGGAAGAAGAACAACACGGGCGCUGUGGUCGCGAGUUCCAAGGGCGGCGCGCCCGUCGGGAGAGACCACUCCGCCACCGUCUUCCAGGCCGACCGCAGCGUCCCCCUCACCGACUCCAACGACGCCACCAAGCGGGUCGACUGGUACGACGAAGACGCCCAGGGUGCCAUGUCGGCCAAGAGCCUGCUGGGCACAACGAGGUCGAUGGCAGACGGCACGUACAGAGGUCUUGCGAACCAGACCUCCUUCAUCCAGAAGAACCCCAAUGCGCCCACCCGCACCGUCGGCCCUGUCAAGGCGGCCGCCAACAUUCGGACAAUCACAGUCACCGACUAUAGCCCGGAUGUGUGCAAGGACUAUAAGACGACAGGAUUCUGCGGCUUCGGGGACAAUUGCAAAUUCCUUCACGACCGGAGCGACUACAAGCAGGGCUGGCAGCUGGACAAGGAGUGGGAGACGGUCACCAAGGGCAAGAGCGUCAAGGGGACUAUAGUGGCGAGCGCGGACAAGAGCAAGGUCGCCAGGGACGACGACGAAGACGACGAGGAGUGGGCCAUGCUCGAGAGCAUCCCCUUUGCGUGCAUCAUCUGCCAGGGCCCAUACAAGGCGCCCGUGGUCACGAGGUGCGGCCACUACUUUUGCGAGCCCUGCGCCCUCAAGAGGUACAGGAAGGACCCGACGUGCGCCGCGUGUGGCGCGGGCACCAACGGCGUCUUCAACUCGGCCAAGAAGCUGCAGAAGCUGCUGGACAGGAAGAGGGAGAAGGCUGCCAAGAUGCGACAGGCAGCUAUAGACGCGGGCGAGGAGGUCAGCGAGGAGGAGGAGGAAGGGGAAGGGGAUGGUGAAUAG